AUUCAAAAUAAAUCGCGCUAACUGAUAUUCCUCCAUUCAACAGUCGAGGUUGGAAGAGGAUGGAUCUCUCUGAAAUUGUUUAAUUAAAUUCAUUAGACAAGAAAACUUUGAAACCUAUUUCUUUAUUUCUUAUAAAAAAUGAACGAAUUACCAAGAUAUUCGUUGAAAGAAGUGGCGAAACACGAUGGAAAAAACGAAGGGAGCCUCUGGAUCGUCAUUAAUGAUAUGGUAUAUGACGUGACCGAUUACAAACAUAAGCAUCCUGGCGGAAAAGAGUUAUUGGAAGAGUAUGCAGGACAAGAUGCAACAUGUGCAUUCGACGAAUUUGGACAUUCUUUAGAUGCAAAACGUAUGUUGAAGACGUUGCUUGUGGGUGAAUUAGUGGAGGAAGAUAAAAUAAGUAAUAGAAGGAAAGAGAAUAAGAUCUCCACUAAAAUGGAAACGCAGAGAAACAGGAGAGGGUUUUUAUCAGUAUUAUGUUUCAAAUGUAUAACGUGACACAAGGAAAUAACUGGAAAAAUCCAUUCCUGAUUAAAUUACAUUAAUUUAUUUUAUUCCUUUUUAUACUACCAAUAUACAUAUAGAGCUAAUUAUAAAUUGCUAUGUAGAGAAAGAAUUAUUAUUUUUUUUAAUUAUCACGUACAAGUUUGUUUAAAAAAAUCGCCUCUUAAAGCUUCUAUUCGAUGCGAAAGUCGAGAGAAUCGAAAGUACAUACGUUGGCAGCAUGCUAAGUGUAUACGAAUAAAAAACAUGAAUCAAUCAAUGAA